AUGGACUGUCUCCUGCUGGUCGUCUGGACUUUGCCUGUUGCGAUUCUCCGCGGCAGCUCCAUGCAAUUCCCGACUCUCCCGUGGCUUGGAAGCACUGUAAAGACCCUGCAGCUGUGCUGCCUCUGUUGCAUGUCUCAUGCAGCAACUUUAACCAGUGACAGCAUCAAUGAAUUGAACCAUGAUUAUGUGUUUGUGACACCUGUCAAAGUGGAUUCCAGUGGAUCGUACAUUUCACAUGAUGUUUUGCACAGUACUAGGAGAAAGAGAUCAACUCACAGUUCAAAGAGUUCUUUGCACUACAAAUUUUCAGCAUUUGGACAGGAACUUCACUUAGAACUUAAACCUUCGACCAUCUUAAGCAACAGUUUUAUUGUCCAGGUACUCGGGAAAGAUGGAGUCUCAAAUUCUCAGGAACAUGAAAUUGAGCAGUGUUUCUACCAGGGAUUUAUAAGGAACGAUAGCACCUCUUCAGUAGCAAUAUCUACAUGUGUAGGCUUGUCAGGUUUGAUAAGGACACGGAAGAUCGAGUUCCUUAUAUCUCCAUUACCUCAGCAGCUAGCACAGGAGCACAACUACACCUCACCUACUGGACACCAUCCUCAUGUAUUAUACAAACGAACUGCAGAAGAGAAGGUGCACCGGUACACAGUACAGUCCAGUCCCAAAUACUUUUCUUUUGGCCAUCACAGAAUUCACACUUCCCACAAGUAUCAUGCUCAAGCGAACGGUUACCACCAUGGAAGGUUUCAAAAGCAACAUUUUUGUGGACGUCGCAAGAAAUAUGCACCUAAGCCACCCACAGAGGAGACAUACAUUCGCUCAGAUGAAUAUGGGACUUCUGCAAGGUUCAAAAGAUCAUCUGCUAAGAUUCAGAAAAAUGGAAGUCUAAAUGUUGAAACCCUUGUUGUGGCAGAUAAAAAAAUGUUGGAGAAACAUGGCAAGGAAAAUGUAACCACCUACAUCUUAACAGUUAUGAACAUGGUCUCCAGUCUGUUUAAAGAUGGAACAAUUGGAAGUGAUAUAAACAUUAUUGUUGUGAGCCUUCUUCUUUUGGAACAAGAGCCUGGUGGACUGCUGAUUAACCACCAUGCAGACCAGUCACUGAACAGCUUCUGUCAAUGGCAGUCCGAGCUGGUUGGGAAGAACGGAAAGCGCCACGACCACGCCAUCUUGCUUACGGGUUUUGAUAUCUGCUCUUGGAAAAACGAGCCCUGUGAUACUUUAGGAUUCGCACCUAUCAGUGGCAUGUGCAGCAAAUAUCGUAGUUGCACCAUUAAUGAAGAUACAGGCCUUGGACUGGCUUUUACAAUUGCUCAUGAAUCUGGACACAACUUUGGUAUGAUUCAUGAUGGAGAAGGAAACCCUUGUAGAAAAGCUGAGGGUAAUAUUAUGUCUCCCACACUCACAGGAAACAAUGGAGUGUUUUCUUGGUCUGUAUGCAGCAGGCAGUAUCUCAACAAAUUUCUCAGUACAGCUCAAGCUGCCUGCCUGAUUGAUGAACCUAAGCAAACAGGACAGUAUAAAUACCCUGACAAACUGCCAGGGCAGAUCUAUGAUGCUGAUACCCAGUGCAAAUGGCAAUUUGGAAUGAAGGCGAAACUGUGCAACCUCAGCUUUGUAAAGGAUAUAUGCAAAUCUCUCUGGUGUCACAAAGUGGGUCAUAGGUGUGAGACAAAGUUCAUGCCAGCAGCAGAAGGAACAGCUUGUGGUAUUAGUAUGUGGUGUCGAAGAGGACAGUGUGUCAAAUAUGGAGAUCAUGGACCCAAGCCUGUAAAUGGCCAAUGGUCUGCCUGGUCUGAGUGGUCAGAGUGUACUCGCACUUGUGGAGGUGGGGUUACAUAUCAAGAAAGACACUGCAAUAAUCCAAAGCCUCAGUAUGGUGGCAAAUUCUGCCCAGGUUCCAGUCGUAUUUAUCAACUUUGCAAUACUCAGCCAUGUCCUGCAAACAGCUUGGACUUCCGUGCCCAGCAGUGUGCAGAAUACAACAGCAAACCUUUCCGGGGAUGGUACUACAAGUGGAAGCCAUAUACUAAAGUGGAAGAGGAAGACAGAUGUAAAUUGUACUGCACAGCUGAAGACUUUGACUUUUUCUUUGCAAUGUCCAGCAAAGUGAAGGAUGGAACUUUAUGUUCUCCAAAUAAAUUUGAUGUUUGCAUUGAUGGAAUAUGUGAACAAGUAGGGUGUGAUCAUGGACUUGGUUCCAAAGCUGUACUGGAUGCUUGUGGAGUUUGUAAAGGAGAUAAUUCAACGUGCAAGUUCUUUAAAGGCCAAUACUUGAUCCAGCACAAAGCUAAUGACUACUAUGCCGUGGUCACUAUCCCAGCAGGAGCACGCAGCAUACAGCUCCAGGAAAUGCAGAUCUCCACCAGCUACCUCGCAGUGCGCAACCUCAGUAAAAAGUAUUAUCUGACAGCAGACUGGACGAUUGACUGGCCAGGAAAGUUCUCUUUUGCUGGGACAGUUUUUGAUUAUCAACGUUCUUUCAACCAUCCAGAGAGUCUAUAUGCAGCAGGACCGACUAAUGAGACGCUGGUCUUUGAAAUCCUGUUACAAGGCAAAAAUCCUGGGAUUGCUUGGGAAUAUACCUUUUCCAAAACCAACAACGAGAACAAGACAUCUGUCAAAAAACAUAGCUACUCCUGGGUGACGCUGCAGUCCGAGUGCUCAGCUACUUGUGCUGGUGGACACAUUACAGCAAAAGCAAUUUGUUUAGAAGAUCAUCGUACACAAGUCAAUUCCUCCUUUUGUGGCCCAAGGAUGAAGCCUUUAACUGAAACCAAACUAUGCAAUACUAAUCCCUGCCCAGCAUACUGGUCAACAGGAGAAUGGAGCACAUGCAGCAAAUCUUGUGGAGGAGGAGAACAAAGUCGUCUCAUUCAGUGUGUCCAGAAAAGGGCUUUCCAGAGAGAGGAAGCAGUGGCCCAUUCCCUGUGUCCUGUCAGCACUCCUACGCAGGUGCAGAUGUGCAAUGGCCAGGACUGCCCACCCGAAUGGAGCCUUGGCCUGUGGUCUCAGUGCUCCAAGACUUGUGGGAGAGGUAUUCAGAAACGGGAUGUCUACUGCAAAAGUACCAGCUCUCCCAAGGUCAAAAUCUUGCCUGAAAGCAUGUGCAGCAGAGAUCAUAAACCUGAAUCCCAGCAGACCUGUGUGCUAGGACGCUGCCCCAAAAACGACCGACUCCAGUGGGUGAUUUCUUCCUGGAGUGAGUGCUCAGCCUCCUGUGGCCCCGGUGUACAAAAGCGAGAACUAAAGUGUGGUGAGAAAAGCAUCCAUGGGAAGUUGAUCACCUUUCCUCAGAGGAGGUGUAGAAACAUCAAGAAACCAAAUACCAACCUGGAAGAAGCUUGUAACAAAGGAGCCUGUCCAUCACAGACGUUGUAUAACAUGGUGUCUGGCUGGUAUUCUUCACCCUGGCAGCAGUGUACGGUGACGUGUGGCGGGGGAGUGCAGACCCGAAGCGUGCAGUGCCUGCGCCAAGGAAGACCAGCGUCUGGGUGCUUGCCCCAUCAGAAACCAGCAGUCCUGAGAGCCUGCAACACUAACUUCUGCCCAGUCCCUGUGAAAAGAGAUGAUCCUUCUUGUGUGGAUUUCUUCACUUGGUGUCAUCUGGUACCCCAACAUGGUGUCUGUAACCACAAAUUUUAUGGCAAGCAAUGUUGUAAAUCAUGCACGAAGAAGAACUGA